AUGGCCGUUAAAAAACAGCCUCAUAAGAAGAGUGGAAAGGGUGCUUCCAGCAGUGGAAGCAAGCAGUUUCAGCUUGUCAACGGCGUGAUAACAAAGGAGGACAUUACCCCGUUAGCUAAGUCAUCGCAGCACUCUACGGCGAGCUCCGAUGACGAAAGCUCAACCAGCACGACAAUGGAGUCGGAUCUGUUGUUUUCUCCCAUGGGCAGCGCUGUGGACGACGCGGAAGACGAGGAUGAGUACGACCACGAGUUGUUGAGUCCAGUGUACUUUGGGGCUACUUAUCCGAAGAGGUUCCAUCACGUAAGCAAUGCUUACUACGAUGACGGCGCGGUGGAAUCUCGCAAGGGCAGCGUGUGUGGUCAGUUUUUGAAAGAUCUACUUGGGAAUACAACGAACGAAGAUUUCUGGAAGGAAGUUGGUACCACCAGUGAAGAGGCGAUCUUUGCGUCGCAGCCUUUGGAACCACCCGUUGAGUCUCCCUCUGUGCAAGACCAAUCUAUCACAUCAUUAGACGAGUACAUCAGGGAGGAUGCUACUGCACCGGCAAGCUCGGCACUUUCUGCCGCACAAUGGGAUGACAAUUACAAGAUCAAGCUAUUGUGCUACAGGGACACAACGGGCAACCUGAGGCUGAGGACGCAGGAGGAGAGUUGCAGCGGCUCAAGGAGCCUGCUGGUGGGGUCGAAUCACAAGGUUAACAAGAUUCGCAGGGGAAAGGGUAAGAGUAAGCUCUUAAAGAAUGCCAUUAGAAGGAAAAGCGGCGUUCGGGAAAUGGUCUCAACGGGUGUUGGGAUAGGAGAAUUCAUGUUAUAG